CAUAACUUCAGGAUUUGUCAUCUGGGAGGUUCUAAGUUUACUAUUGUAGUGAGCGGUCCGGUUUGGUUAGGUUCAGGGAGAAUUAAUAUCUGAAAGAAUUAAUAAGUUAAGUUGUUAUGUAUUGAUGGUUGAAAUUCUCUUCUUGAGUAUUGUCUUUGUGCAGAUUGCCGUUCUGGAGGAACGGAAGAAGGUGGUUGAAGAAAAGGAUGAGGAUGAAAUGAAAGAAAGUGAGACAAAUGUAUUUACUCACUGGUCAUCUUCGAAAAGCAAUGAACUAACUGUUGAUGAAGCUUUGAAGAAAGAAACUCAGGAUUCCAACAUAAGUCAUUUGGAUCUGGAUUUGUGCUUGAAAGGUCAUGGCGACGACCAUGAUUCUACCGGCCAGGGCAAAGAAGUUCAGUUGAUGAAACAAGCUUUUAGCGACCUAUUUUAG